GGACGUUCCGCGCGAGCCCGCGGCGGGCGCUGCGAGGCUUCACCGUGUCGGCGGCGCGGGCGGAGGGGGCGUGAAGACCGCGCUACGGUGGCCGCCGAGGGACGACACUACGGCUCCCACGCUGGGACAAACGCCUCCGGCCCGGCCCGGGCGCGCCUUCUCCUCCGGGCCAGAGCCAGCCCGGGGCAACUGAAGGGCCGCGCGAAGCGACCCCAUCUUCGGCGGCAUGUGCCCGCCCUGGCGUCGCACCCCCGGGGCACAAGCUCAACCGCAGGCCUGGUCCCCAGCGCCGUCGGCCUGCCGCAUGGUUCCGGACACCGGCACCGCCACGGAGAGGGCACCGGGCCAACACCUCCCCCAAGGCUCAGCUGAGGGCUCCUAGAUGCUGAUGGUACCUAUGCUAGCCACCUGGACACUGCACCACCACUGUAAAAUAGCACUGCCGCCCGGGCCCGAUGCCGGUCAUGCCCAUCCCGCGGCGGGUGCGCUCCUUCCACGGCCCACACACCACCUGCCUGCACGCAGCCUGUGGACCAGUGAGAGCCUCUCACCUGGCUCGCACCAAGUACAACAACUUCGAUGUGUAUGUCAAGACCCGAUGGCUCUACGGCUUUAUCCGCUUCCUGCUCUACUUCAGCUGCAGCCUGUUCACAGCGGCUCUCUGGGGCGCACUGGCGGCGCUCUUCUGCCUGCAGUACCUGGGUGUGCGUGUGCUGCUGCGCUUCCAGCUCAAGCUGUCAGUGCUGCUGCUGCUGCUGGGGCGCAGGCGUGUGGACUUCCGCCUCAUGAACGAGCUGCUCAUCUACGGCAUCCAUGUGACCAUGCUGCUGGUCGGCGGGCUGGGCUGGUGCUUCAUGGUCUUUGUGGACAUGUGAGGGCCCGGGCUCCAUGGGGCUCUUGAUUGGGCCAUAUCAAGCUUCUUUCCUUGGAGGGUGGGGCUGGUAGGGGCUUUUUUUUUUUCUCCCCCAUCCCAGAGGUAAGGCCUGAAGCACACACUUCCGUUGAGGGAAGAAAAGGGCUGAGACUGCUCUGUAAGGGGAUACCACGCCGUCUCCCUGUUGGCUUCUGUGCUAUCCUUCCUUCCUGUGUACUUUCCCAGAUGUGAUAUCCCCUUUAGCCUCUUGCCUUGGGUUGCCUGUAUGUUUUCAGGUUGUCCAGUGGGUGGCCCAUGUCUCUUCUGCACCUUUGAGACCUUCUGUGUGACAUUCUCACCAACACCAGGCCCAACCAGUGGGACACGAAGGGGUGUGUUUGUCCUGCACAGCCUCUUUAUGUACCCUGUCCUGGCUGUAGCCUCAGGGACUCAUCUGGCUAUACAAGCAGACACACUACUGCCACUAACUGCUCCCACUUUGAGUGGUCCUAAGCUCAUGGACCACUCUCUACUGUCACAAGUGGCCAUGUCAGUCUUGAACCCCGAGUCAGGCCACAGAGUCACCGUGGUUUGCAUAGAUGCAGUCUAGCAGGACAGCAUGUACGGGAUUGGCCGGUCCCUGGGAGCACAGGCACCAAGGCUUGGCCUCCAGAGCAGGGGCUGGUCCACACCCCGGGCAGGUCUGUGUGUCAAGCCAGGCUGGAGCUCUACAAACUGAAAGAGCCUAGAACAACACUUCUGCUUAACACUGCUUUACUGUCUCUGAGGGAUGAGCCCUCCAGCAGCCUCCCAGAGUCUUGGCCAGACCCGUGGAAAACAGGAGCAAACUGUACUCCUUCAAUGGUAUUUACCAGCCCCAUGGGCCGCCUGGAUGGGCUAGCUGCACCUUUCCCACAUGCUGUUAGGCCUGAUUUGUGAGAUAAAAGACGGAGCACCUGAGCACCUUUGGCCUCUGUCAGGGGUAGGAUAUGGCUCUCACUGGUGACAAGGACCUGGGUGGCAAGUGAAGUGGUUUCAGUAGUAAUUCCAGGGGCAGGACAGUGAGCAUAUCCUGCUAACACAUGCUUCACCCCAGAUUGUCACCCCACACUCUGGGCAUGGGGUUGCCUCCUUUGACUUUACCCUGCCAAGAAAACCAAUUGUAUUCCAUUGAUGAGAAACAUAAGAAACACAAACAGAGAACAAAGAGGUAGGACCAUUGACCUAGCUUUUUAACUUGUAGCCAGCUGUCGCCAUUGGUCUAGCAAGAGGGCUCAUGGAGGAAGUCUGUCUGCCUCCCAGGAUAGCAGAUGAGGUGCCUUCCCAGUGGACCCUGCUGCUGUUUGCUUGCUGCAGAGAAUUGUUUGCACUAAAUCCCACUCUCCCCCAGAGCAACAUUGUUCUUUGUUAAUCAGCUCGUGUUCCUCAGAGUGGCCUGAAACCCCAUUUUUCUGGGUGAUGGUGGGUGUGUCAGGGCUGGUUGUGGGAUGGAUGAUGGGACCUUGUCACUCAUUGCACACCCAGCUGCCCAGUGCCCUGAGUGCCUGUUAAAUUCUUGAUGAGAUGAAUCAAUCACCUGCAUUAAACCUAUUUUUUUAAUGUGC